AUGGACGCCAUGGUCACUUCAACGUCACCGUCGCCGAUGGUAACGUUCGCGGCAGCGGCGGUGGCGACGUGCUCCGCAACGGCACUGGCUGCUACUGCCAGAGCCCCCGUCGGUGGCAGCGGUGGUGGCGGCUUCGGCCAGAACCCCGGUGGCGGUGACAGCAGCAAUGUGAGUGGCGGCCUCGGCCAGAACCACGUUGGCGGCAGCGGGGGUGGCAGCUGCGGCCAGAACUCCGGUGACGGUGGCAGCAGCAAUGUGAUUGGCGGCCUCGGCCAGAACCACGUUGGCGAAAGCGGGGGUGGCGGCUUCGGCCAGAACUCCAGCUGCGGCAUGAGCGGCAACGUGCGUGGCACCAUGGGUGGCGGCCUCGGGGUGGCGGCUUCGGCCACAACUCCCGGCAUGGGCGGCAACGCGCGUGGCACCGGGGGUGGCGGCCUCGACCACAACUCCAAAGGCGGUAUCGAAAGCGCCGGGCUUGCCAUGGCCGCCGCUCUCAUGCGGCCGGACAUGCCCGCGGCGCUUGACAUCAACGAUCUGCAUAUCGCCGUCGGCCAUGCACAUGAGCGCAUGGUCCGCGAGGCCGCCCGGCAGAUGCGAAUCCGGGUCACCGGCUCUCUGUCGUUCUGCGACGGAUGUGCUGUUGGGAAGGAUAUACGCAAGGCGUUCUCGACGACGACGACAUCCACAGCCUCGCGGCCUCUCCAGCGCCUCUUCGCCGACCUCACAGGCCAGCUUCCUGCGUCUACCGGCGGUGCCACCUACUACCUCGUCCUGGUCGAUGACUACACCAACGACGGCAUCACCAAACUCAUGCCGAACAAGCAGGCAAAGAACCUCACGAAAACCCUCCGCAAGAUCCUCGUUUACCUUCACUCCCCGCGGACCGUCCACGGCGAUUUCCAGUUUCGGCGGACGGACAACGGCACGGAGCUGGUCAACGCGUCGGUGAGCGAUCUGCUUCUGGAGUUCGGCAUAGCCCGGAAGCUGACGUCCCUGGAAGGAGGGCACAGGCGUUACGGAAAGGUGGAGCGUCGGAUUGGGCUGGUCCGGGAGGGCGGCAUCUCCGCCAAGAUCGAGCCGAAAGUCAGUCGGUGCUUCUACUUGAGCCCCGGUGACUCCCACUCCCUCGACUGCUCCAAAGUUAUCUUCCCCACAGGCAUCGCGGGGUACACCACGGGCGUUGUUAGGGGAAACCGACGUCAGGCGUUCGUUGGCCUCCUCCCGACGUAUAACGGGGGCGUCGUUUCUGUAUCGGCGGUCGCGGCGCCGCCGGGGGCGGCGGUGCCGGCACCAGCAUCAGCAUCGACGACACCGACAGCGACGGCGGCAGCGGCGACAGCGGCCGCAACGGCGGCGGCGCGGACGGCUUCGGCCCGAGAGCAUCCGAGCGAGGGGAGCGUAUACCCUCCCUUGUCUGCUUUCCCUCCCGUCCCCCCCGCCCCCUCCGCCUCCCCGCUGUCACCCGUGCCCGCCGCAGCUCCACACCUUCAGCGGCAGCAGGACCGCCACCAGGCUACACAGGCGGCCACCCGAGCACGUGCGCGGCAGGUCAUCGCCGGUGGAGCAGCUCCCGGGAUGCCGGGCGCGCUUGCGCUUCUUGCUUCGGAGGAGGAUGUCACCGCUUCGCUCGCCGCCCCGUCUUUCCCGGAUGAGCCCCCGCUACCCGUCGAACCGGCAUGUGACCUCGAGUCCGGCGACAACUGGAAGGCACCCGGCAAUGACUCCCUCCCUGCCGAGUUGCUCAAGAUAGACGACGACGACGACGAGGAACCCAUCGUCCUGGAGCACUUCCAUGCCAUCCUCGUUGAGGUGUGGAACGGAGGAGAGAUUCCCCAAGAGUGGAAGGACGCUACCAUCAAGGUGUUGUACAAGAAGGGGAACGUCCCGGUCAAGAUCAUCACCAACCGCCUGAGUGCCUUCUGCGAAACCAACAAUAUCCUUCCGGAGAAACAAUGCGGGGUCCGACCUGGACGAUCCACCAUCGACAUGCUGUUCGUCGUGCGCCGACUGCAGAAGUUGGGGCGGAAAAGGAAAAUAACACUCUACAUGUGCUUCGAUCUGAAGAAGGCGUAUGAUUCAGUGAACCGAGAGCUGCUGUGGAGUGUGCUGGCCAGGGCCGGGAUUCCAGAGGAGAUGAUCGCCGUCAUCCGCCAAUUUCACGACGGAAUGCAAGCCUGGGUGCGCAUGGACGAUGGAGAGUUUUCGGCCUGGUUCUGGGUCACACAAGGCCUACGACAAGGGUGUGUGCUGUCCCUGCUGCUGCUCAAUAUCUUCCUCGCCGCGGUCAUCGAGGUCGUUGCCAUUGGAUUCAGCAAGGAUGAUGUUAUUCCGCAGAACCUGAUGUACCUUGAGGAGGAGACGGGAGCGGGGGCGAGGACACCACUUGACCGAGAGCGAAGGGCGGCAUGGGGGAUGCUGUAUGGCGAUUACGCCGGCGUCAUUUCGAUGUAUGCCGAAGGACUGGCAAAAAUGAUGACCGUCAUCGUGGAGGUGUUCGGGGAGUUCGGGCUGGCGGUAUCGAGGAAGAAGACGGAGACGCUCCUGAUGCGCGCGAAGGAGAAGCAGACAACAACACCACCGCCCCCCCCGCCGCCACCGCUGAUCAUCGAGGCAGUAGGGCAGAGGUACGCCCAGACGACUAAAUCCCGGUACCUAGGUGGCCUCGUCAACGAACAUGGCGACCUCACCCGGGAGAUCAAUCACCGUAGCAGAACAGCGUAG